AUGACGCCAUCAAGUUCAGUCAGCUUUCGAGAUUUUAUCUCUAAACCUUCUUCAAAACGGUGUUCUCGAAUAUCUAUAGCGAGUUCAAGUUCAAGUAGAAGUGCUCGAAUUUUUGAUGAACAAUUACGAAGAUUAAGUCCAACAUCACAUUAUCAUCCAAAAAUUGAGGAUCCUAUAAGAUCGAUUGUAAAUGUUUUAUUCUCGAUAUUUUUACAAGAACAACUUAAAUGUACUUCUCAUAAAAAAUUAAAAAGUAUUCUCUUAAAAUCAAUUGAAAAUUAUCGAGUAGAACCAAGUCAAAUAUUUCAAUGGUUAUUUAAUAAUCAAAAUACUUACCUUUAUAAAAGUCUACUUGGCUUCUUUUUAAUGGUAGGAAUUGGAUGUAAAAGAGAUAAGAAAAAGGCUUUUUCUUUAUAUUUUGCUGCUGCAAAAAAGGGUUAUUUAAUAGCUCAAGAAAUGAUAGCUGAUUGUUAUUUCUUUGGACUUGGUACUCAUGAGAAUGAAGAUUUAGCCUUUCUAUGGUAUAGUAAAUGCGCUGAACAAGGAAGUGGUCACGGUUAUCAUGGACUUGGAAUAUGUUACGAAUAUGGUAAAGCCAGGCAUGAAUUAGAUGUUUUAAUGAAUUUACUAUCUUCCUCAACAAAUUGGCCCGCUUCAUCUUCAAUGAUUUCACUUCGAUGUGGUGGUAUCAUAUCAAAAAACGACAUCAAACAUUUCAAACAUGAAUAG